GAGAUGGGUGGAUCGUUCUCGCGUUGCUCCUGGUGCUGAGUGGAAGUUCUCGCAGACUCAGCUGACGGGACUGAACAGGCGCAGCUCAGCGUGACACGAGUGCGAACAAAAGCGCGGCGUGUUUCUUUCCUGUACAGAUCCGACUGAUAGAUACACACGAUGCGGUUUGGAAUCUGUAUGAAUGAGGGUGCUGCUCAUCGUGGUUUUCCGUGGGAAUCGACACGUCAUCGCGAUCUUUGAGGGAUUGGAGGGAUUCUGCUACCCGUUCUUGCGCACAAUUUGCAAGUGCGAUCGGUCUUCUUCUCCUGGACGGUGCGAUUUCUCCAGGUCGAUCCCCAAGGGGCAUCUAUUCAGGAGGAAUGAUCGCAAUAUAGAGAAGACACCCAGGAGGUAAAUAAAAAAAAAUCAUCACUUAUUAUCACCUCAUCCGUUUUGGAAUACACCACCCAUCGGACUAAAUGAGCGCCAGGAUCUCAGAAAGACUGACGCUUUCCAUCCCACCGUGCACCUUGAAUGGCACGGCGCGCAACAAUGGCACAUGUGCCGACCCGGCCGAUCCGCUUUUCCGUUCCUUCUCAUCAACGAUCGUGCUCUUGGUGCUCUUGGUGAUGAUCACCGGGACUGUCCUGGUGUCCAUCGCUACGUUUCAUCUGCACAAAAGCCGGAUGAGAAAGCGCAAGAUCGAGAAAGCGCAGGAGGAAUACGAACGCGACAGCUGCCGCCCCAAGUCGGUGCGCGGGAAGCCAAGCAGGCAGUGCGUAAUGGAGAGAGCCAGGGCGGUGCAGAAAUGCGAUCUAAAUGCAAACAGCUCGCUUUCCAAGAGUACAUCCAUCCAAGGAUACGAGUGCACGGAUAAUACGAGACAUACGAGCCAGGGUCACCUGUUGGAAUCCGUGGCGGUGUCCUGAUUCAGGCUACGCCGUGCCAGCCUAUUGAUGUGACGCUGUAAAUAGCCUACAUGCUGUGUAUUCAUUCCUAAAUCUAUUACACGGGGACCUGGUUCACCUCUAUACGCAUGAACAGUAAUUCUUCUUCAGCUUCAGGACGAAGGAGCC